AUGGCGCAGCCAACCAAGCAAUGGGGGUUAACUCCUCCUAUGUCCACGAGUUUGCCUACACCUCUGGACAACGAGAAGAACGCUGAACUGGUGGAAGAACUCAAGAAAAACAAUAAUUACGAGACUCAUGAUGAGACACAGAAGCGUAUCAAAACGUUGAGGCUACUGAAUCAAGCCAACCGAGAAUUUGUCAGAGAAGCUGGCCGCCGACAAGGUCUACCACAAAAUCAGCUUGACCAGUUAGGCGGCAAGAUUUAUCCAUAUGGCAGCUACAGGUUGGGUGUGUACGGUCCUGGCUCGGAUAUCGAUACGCUGGCUGUUGCGCCGAAGAGUGCUACGCGCGAACAGUUCUUUGAAUUCUUUCCGGAUAUCCUGCGACGAAUUGCUGGCCCUGAGGCUGUCACAUCCUGCACAGCUGUGCCAGAUGCCUUCGUUCCUAUCAUCAAGCUUGUUGUCAACGGGAUAGAAAUUGAUCUGAUCUUCGCCUCGCUAAACAGGCAGACCAUUCCUUCCGACUUCGAGCUGAGAGACAACAAAAUUCUUGAUGGUCUCGAUGAAGCAACCAUCCGAGCUGUGACUGGGCCCCGUGUCACCGACACGAUCCUCGAACUUGUCCCCGAGCAAAAGACCUUCCGAACCGCCCUGCGUGCUAUAAAGUUAUGGGCCCAGAGAAGAGCUAUUUAUGCGAAUAUUGUCGGUUAUCCAGGAGGAGUUGCAUGGGCCAUGUUAGUAGGAAGAGUAUGUCAGAUGUAUCCCAAAGCAAUUGGAGCAACGUUGGUACACAAGUUCUUCAACGUGUUGAAGCAUUGGAACUGGCCCACUCCGGUACAGCUACAAGACAUCGAGAAGGGACCUCAGAGGACGUGGAAUCCACAAUUGUAUCCUGGCGACAAGAAGAACCUUAUGCCUGUGAUAACUCCAGCCUACCCUAGCAUGUGCGCAACUUUUAACAUUACUCUGUCCAACAAGGCAGUCAUUCUGCGCGAAAUUGAUCGAGGUUUCAAAAUUGCAGGCGAUAUCUUUGAGGGUAAAGCCCAAUGGGCUGACCUCUUGAAGAAGCAUACCUUUUUCACCAAGGACCACAAGUAUUAUCUGAGCAUUAUCACGGCUUGUCAAGAUUCGCAGGAGGCAAAAGCCUGGUCUGGCGCGGUCGAGUCUAAAAUUCGACACUUUGUCGGCGCGCUAGAUCUCAACACAAAAAUGAUCAUGCUUGCGCGUCCUUUCAUUAAAGCCGUUAAGCGUCAGCACCAAUGCGAGAACGAAGAGCAAGUGAGACAGGUACGCAGAGGAGAAAUGAAGUACAAGAUCGCCGAGACUACAAUGAUCGAGUCGACUGAUCCAGACUUGGUGGCCGCUGGUGGCGCAGGCACAGCUACCAACGGCGACGAUGCAGCUCCAGCCAAGAUCGAUACCGGCAUUCCUGUCUACACCUAUACAUUUUACAUUGGCAUAGAUCCGACUCCUCUGCUUGAGCAAACAAGGAAUCUUGAUAUUCAUGUCGAGACAAAGAUGUUCAAGGAUCGAUGCUAUACUUGGGACAAAAUUGACCCCAGCAAGCACUUCCUCGAAGUAGUGCCUUGCAAGGGUUGGAUGCUUCCGGAUGAUUUAUUUGACACUGCAGCCGGUGAAGUUGUACCCUCCAAGCCGAGUAGAAAGAGAAAGCUUGCAAAUGGCGACACUUCUGUUGAUGAACCACCAGCUAAACGACUUGCCCCUGCUCCUAAUGGCGCUCCUGCUGCAUCAGCUGCAACCCCACCAAUUACGCCGCAUGCGCCUUCUUGA